UUUAUUGUGAAAAUGGCGACAACCGGAGUUGGAUUUCGAUGGUUAGACAUAUUAGAAAAAGAAUUCGACAAAGCAUGUGUCGAAUUAGAUACCUCUUUAGUGGAGUUGGAGACUGAAGAACCAGAAGUAGUAUUCUCUGCUCGUCAGAAGAUCACUACACUGAGCUCCUGUUUUGCACAAUUAACACACAAGGCUCUGACCAUAUUUCAAAGCAGUGCGAAACUUGAAGCGGAGCUUGUCGAUAUGAGAGCUGAAUUAGUGCAGGCUCGAGUUGCAGGCGGGUGCCAGGACAGCGGGGACGUGGCGGGCGACGUUCCCGAAGCGGCCCGGGCGCGGGCGGAAGCCGCGCAACUCGCCCGCGAAAACGCUGCACUUAGGGAAACUGUCCUUGCGCUGCACUCUGAGCUUUUUGGAGCUAGAUUAGCCACGAAGUACCUGGAUAAAGAACUCGCUGGAAGAAUACAACAGUUACAGCUAUUAGGCAGUGACAUGCGCGCUGAACUAAGAGAUUCGCUAUGGGCACAGGUGGAAGCGGAGAUCCUGCUGCAGCGGCACAAGACGCUGGUGCGCGUGUGCCGCGGGCUGGCGCCGCGCACCCCGCGCCCUCCCGCAGCGCGCGCGCCGCCCGCGCCGCGCACCGUGCGCGUGCGCCGCUCCCCGCACCUCGGCCUCGGUAUCUCCGUCACGGGAGGUCGGGAGCACGGGGUGCCUAUUCUGAUCUCUGAGCUGGAGGCGGGCGGGCCGGCCGCGCUCACCGGCGAGCUGUACGUUGGAGAUGCCAUCCUCGCCAUCAAUGACCACGAUCUCACGCAGGCUUGUCAUAAAGAAGCAGUUCAGGCGCUGCAGAGCGUCAAGGGAGAUUGCGCCCUUUGUGUUCAAUUCAUUGCUACGGACGAUGACGACCGACUCUCUGAAGAUAAUUACAGAUUUCCCCUGUACCCGGAAGAUGGGGAUGUGUACGAAGAGGAGCCCGACGCGUCAGGCGCCACGCCCACCGCCCCUCGGACCCCGGACUACAAUCAUCACAGCGCGUCGGGCAGCGAGUGCGGUGACGAUGACGCGUACGGCGCGCGGAGCGAGGGGGCGGACUACGCUCAGCGGGGCAACAAUGGAGUUUACGGCGCCCUGGCCGAGGGAGGAGCGUACGGCCUGAGGAGUCAGAGGGUGGCGUACGGCGCGUACGACGUGCGCGGGGAGGGGGAGUACGGCCGUAGCGAGGCGGUGGAGGUCGCCGGAGCGCACUACGCCGACUACAAUAACGUUAACAACCUCUCCAUUCUUGACAUGGACGAUGACUCUAUCAAAAUAGAAGCUCGAUUAGAGAUGGCGCCAGCGCCGGCAGUUUCUGGUUCUUCCACGUCGCCGCGCUCCACGCCUGUACAUUGCAGGACUUCCCUAAAGAAGAAACGUAAACCUCAGGAUUGGCGCACCAAAGGCGCGUACUGUGCUGUGUCGGACGCGCAGUCGUCGGAUGACCUUCACGAGAAACCUACCACGCCGAACCAACAGCCCAACCUCUCCAACCAUCGGCCCGACCCAUCCAACCUUAGGCCCGAGCUACCCAAUCAUUGGCCUGAUUCACUAGAUCAUCGAAAUGUCAUAGUAAAUCAUCGGCCAGAACCCAAUGAUACAGUGACACUACAACAAGAUAUUUGCCAACCUCCGAUCUCAGAAUACUUACCGAUGCCGUCUGCAGUGCAAGAUAACUCCCAUUCCACGUCGACUCCUGCAGCAUCGACCGUCGUUACGUCCACAGCGACGACGUCCGCGUCGACCGCUGCGACCGAUGCUGCCGAACUUACAUCCGGCGCCGCCUCCAAACCGAUGCCGGCUCCCGACCUUCAAACCUCGCGUGAGAUGAAGGCCCCUUCGUUAGAUGUCAACUAUACAACCAAUAAAGCCAACGGCGACAACCGCCCGAGGAAAGAAACUAAAAGCUUUCGGAUAGGUUCGGCGCGGCGUGUCAUGGACAGCGCGCGCAACGGUGAGGUGGUGCGGUUCGGGGCUCAGGCGCCGCACGCCCCGCCCGCGCCCCGCCUGCUGCCCGGCCGCGGGGACCCCGACUUCGGCACCCCCGUGUGAACGAACUAUGAGCAGACGCGAUGCAAGUUGUUGCAACUCAAAUACCAUAGCGAUGAAAGGUGCAACACAACCGCCAACGCAAUUCAAAACCUCACUGCCUGCUCGAUUCGAGUUACAACGCAAACGCUAACACGAUGCAAGUUGCAACUCAAAUGCCGACGCGAUGAAGGUGCAACAUAAUCGCCAACGGAAUUCGCAAAACAACCGCCUUCGCGAUAUAAGUUGCAACUCGUCUGCGAAUGCAAGUUGCAGAGCAACGACUAUCUCGCUUUAAGUUUAGAAUUUAGAA